GUAUUUUAUAGUAAUUAAUAAAUGUUAAAAAUGAAGCCUUGGAGAGAAGCUGCAAGUAUUAUCUUGUGUGCUCGUAGUGGUAAAAAAAUUAACAAAAAAUUAUCAUCAACAAUUUUUCAGUAUGAUUAUAAAUUGUUGAGUUUAAAACGUCACAAAAAUUCUUCAUUUAUGCCAGAGCAUUAUGUUUUUCCUGGUGGUGUUAUUGAGCAAUCAGAUGCUGAUUUAAAAUGGAGCAGUCUUUAUUCGAAAUUUGGAUUUGAUAGUAAUAGUUUCACGUCAUUAUUACCAAAAACAAAUACACGACCAUAUAUAUUUAAUAAAUCAAGAAGCAAUGAAUUACCCAGAGAAAUAUCCUUGAGAAUAACAGCAAUAAGAGAAACAUUUGAAGAAUGUGGUAUUUUAAUUUGUAAAAAAUUAAUUAAAAAUAAUAAUACACAUUUAUCAUUGUGGGCUGAACAUGAAAAUUUUGAUUGUCAAAGUGAUGUGAUGAUUAAUUGGCAAAAAAAAGUACAUGAAGAUUCAAAUGAAUUUUAUCGAAUGUGUGAUAAAUUUCAGUGCUAUCCAGAUAUUUGGGCUUUGCAUGAAUGGAGCAACUGGUUGACACCAACAAUUUUUAGAAAUAAAAGAUUUGAUACAGCAUUUUUUAUGACUUUUAUGGAGGCACAACCUGUUGCUCAUUUUGAUCCAGCUGAGAUGGAAGAUUUACGAUGGGAUUAUCCACAAGAUUUAUUAAGUCAAACAAAUGGUUUACAAAUACCUCCACCACAAUAUUAUGAAAUAGCACGAAUUGGUAAAUUUGAAUCAUUGGAUAAUCUCUUUGAUCAUGCUGUUGAACGUAGUCAUCUUGGUUGUCAUUUAAACAUGGCUGUUAAAGUAAAUUUAUCAGAUGGAAGUGUAUAUUUAUUACCUGGUGAUUCAUUGUAUCCUGAUGAAGUUAGUCUAACUGAUAAAAUGGAAAUUGAUAAAUCAAAUAUGACAAUAAGUGAAUAUCGUUAUUUAGCACAUGUUAAAAAUCGUAUGGAAUUUUAUGAAUUUCAAGUUCAAAGAAUUGUAUCAGAUAAUUUCCAAUCAAACGAUGGUCAUUUAUCACCAAUGUCAGGUGAAUCAAUCAACAUUAAAAUCAAUAAAAAUAAAUUAUAAGUUAAAUAAAUAUAAACAUUAGCUUUUUUCAAAAUUAUUUA